AAUAUCUAUACAAUUUUAUUACUUUCUUGCAAAAAGACCUUGAAGAGUUUAUUAAUGUCUAAUAAUGUCAGUAAUUCACACUAGUUCGACAAAAUCAGGACACAGGAAGAGCACUGACUUGGGUGGGUUAUCGCGAGAUAAUGAAGGCGUAAGAAGUUCAGUGAUAAUUGUACAAGAAGGCUCGGACGUUCAAAAUGUUCCAGAAUCCAUCGAAAUUCUAGAAUUCACGGGUCACGAUAAUAUUAGCAUAACACCAAGUUACAUGGAGUUCAGAGAUGCCAGUGAAGGAACCACAUAUCGCCAAUUAAUGAUUAUUCAAAAUACAGGCAACAAGCCAGCUCUUAUUAGAAUCUGCGCACCAAAUUCUAUAGCUUUUAAAAUUCGGACUCUAGAAAGCGGAGUACUGCUGAGUCCUGGUUUAACUAUUUCAAGACAGGUCGAAUAUUCUUACAAGCGACCAUCUCUUCUACAUGCUAUGAUUCCUAUACAGAUCAAUGGAACUUUUGUAGAUUAUCAUGUAGUCUGCAGCUUAGCUACUGAAUGCAUUUCCAUGCAGCCAUCGUGUAUUGAUUUUGGAAUAGUGGAUAUUGGUUGCUCGUCCGGUGUAAAGAUACUGACUAUUAUGAACAAUGGUGGUAAAAGUACCAGAUUUUCAGUCGAUUUGGGUAAAAAUGAUUUAGAGAUUAACGUCAAACCGACGCGCGGAGUAGUAAGAUUAUACAGCCAUAUAGAACUACGGGUGGAACUGAUUGGGACUAAGGAAGGAACAUUUUAUAGUGAAUUUUGGAUCAAAUCGACUCCAAAUGUACGCAUUCCGAUAAGAGUCAAUAUCAUAAUUCCUCGGCUAGUCGUAUAUCAUUUGAAUAUGACUGGAGACUUCACUUUGAUUGACUUUUCUCCGACUUUCAUGAACACGGAAAACUAUAAUACAUUAGUACUGCGAAAUCUGUCCUCCCAAAUAACGAGCUUCGUCGUUCUAGGCGAGGUGGACAAUGAAUUGUUUUCAAUUAAGGUGAUCUGCAGAUCUAUUUCUUGUUCUGUAUAUUACAGAUAUUUCAUAUCUACUUUAAAUAAUUGUCCUCAAAAGACUAUCAGUGCCAAGACUCAACCGGCCUAUCGAGCCUUCAAAAUUUAUCCGACGGAAGGACGUAUGCAGCCCUUCGAAGGAAUAGUCUUCAGAAUAGUUUUCUCCCCAACGCCUAAGUUAAUGCAUCAGACUCGGCAUUUAAAAACCACCGAGUGUCAAGAUUUCAUGGUCUUCAUUCGUAUUCUAAGAGUACAUUGUACCGAGGUAGCAGACGUGAUAAGUGCGUAUAACGAAUUGACAUUAAAAAAUCAACUUUUAUAUAAAUUUUCAUGAAAUUUCUCUUAUUGCAUUGUAUUAACAGAGG